GUGUGCUCAGCAAACUUGACUGUGGUAUUUGCUGUGGAUGGCUCCUACAAAAUGGGUGAAGCUCGAUUCAGAUUGGUUGGCGAUUUCAUCUCCAAUAUUUCCAGGAAUUUUGAUAUAGACAUCAAUAAGACAUGGUUCAUUACUGCCGUAGAAGGAAACGGAACGUACGUUUAUAAAACGAGGGCAGAGCUCAACAACUUCUUAGGGUUGUAUUUUCCAAACACUAGUCAAGUAGUAUUGGGAAAAGCUUUGGACUCAGUUAGGUAUCAGUUAUCUGACAACGAAACACGAAGAGAUGUUCCAGUUGUUGUGCUUGUCAUUGCAAGUCACAAGUCUGAUGACGACAUUGCUGUUUCUGCCAUCAGCUUAAAAAAAUGGAACGCUACUCUUAUUGCUGUGGGUAUCGGAGAUGAAAUCUCCCCAGGCCAAAUGAGGGAGAUAGCUUCGGAUCCAGAUAGCGAUUACUUUGUUGAGUGUAAUGGGACGAGUUGUCUUUUCACUAAGUCGAUGACAAUAGCUCGAACAAUUUGUCAAGGUAAGCAUAUAUGUCAGGUUAUUUAGCUUAGUAUUUACCAAAUUAGUGAAUAGCAAUUUUCGCGCGUUUUGAUUGGCUACCGUAACUCGGAAUACCGUUGGCUAUUCGCUAUUUUGCCGGCGACGGAAGCCAAGAUGGCGUCUCGUUUCGAGAAAUUUUCGGAAAACGAAAUUUGAGCGAUAAAUGAAGCAGUCGUACAAACAAAUAGUACCAAGAAAGCCGGCGACGAACUUCAGCAUGUUGGUGUUUACUAGUAGGUAGAAAAUUAUUUUCUUGCUACGAUUUCCCUGAUCCGGGGACGAUUGCUUUGUUCAGCUCAAAGGGACGCGCGGAUAUGUGCAUGUACAAACUUACAGUGCUACGAAAGUGAAUGAAUGGGUCGGUGAUAAACGUUUCAGAUGGUUCUAGUUUAAUUCACGUGACACGAAAAUAGGAGCAUAUUAGUCAGUCUGCAAAAAGGUGAACCAGCUUUCUUUAACAAUCCCUUUUUAUCUUUGAUGAAAAAAAAAAACAAGGAAGGCCAUAGCCAUGGCCUUGCUAUGUGCUUAUGGUUUUCCUUACGUAGGUAUCUGUCAGGACUGGCAACCAUCCCAAUGUGGCCCCUGAAUGUCGUUUUUGAGACCCCGUAAUACAGGUGUGCACGCCUAUCCCGUUUCCAGAACAGUGAACCGAGCCACAGUCGGUGUGUGCUAGGGUGUGCUCACGCUUACCACCAAAUGCAGGCCUUAAUUUUGUGUAUGUCCUUCAGUUCUUUUUUAAGCACCAUUUCCUUAUUUGUACUCAAAAUUUCGUUAUAAGUGGUUGACAGGUGCGUAAGCUACCCAUGCCAUAACAAUGGUACGUGUACAAGUUCCAAGGAUGGCUACAAAUGCAAAUGCUCUCCGGAAUUCCAUGGUGUGAAUUGUGAAAUGAGUAAGUGAUAUAUUAGAAUAUUUGCAACAGCAAAUUUAUAGGAUUCUUAACGCUUAUGUUGCAAAAUAAGGAACUAUUUUUACAGCCAACUGUUCCAGUACACCGUCCUGCAAAAUAAUGAAAAAGAUAUAGCCUCACCUUUUCUCACGUUACCAUUUGGAUAAACAUUUGGCUGUUUGUAAACAUCUGGCUGUUUACCUGCUACUUGAGGCACCAAUUCUGCCAUUUAACUGAUCUGUGCUAAGUUAAGAUAAUAAGAUAAACAUCGAAUCGGAAAGUUGAUACCAAGGGGUCUUUUUGUUCACUGCAAAAUGGUAAGUGACAAUUAAAUAAGAGGGAUGCUUCAAAAUCAUACUCUGUUGAAGAUCAUACCUCACAGAAUGUAACUUUGGUGCUGUUGAUUAUGUGAUUAUUUGGUAAUUCCAAAGUGAGCUGUUUUCCUUUUUUUUCCUCCCUUUCUCUUGAAUAAUCUGUUUAAUGGUCUAGCUCAAGAAGGAUACAAGGAGUUCUUAUUCCUAAAUGCAAUAAAAAAAACUAAUAUAUUGGUAUGCUUUCCAUUCAUAAUCAUAACAGGCAAAUCUGUCGAUUUCCUAAGUCUGGGAUGUUUCAUUGACAUCAACGAUACAAGCACUUUCUCGUCGCUUGAGACUGUCAAUGCAACUUACCUAGAUGGCUCAUUCAGUACGAGAAAAAACGCUGUAUUGAAGUGUGCUUUAGAGUCAGCAAAGAUGGACUACAAAGCUUUCGCUGUUUUCGAUGGAGGAGCUUGCUACUCUGGUAUAUUUGCCCAUUUCAACUACAGUGUUUACAAUGCCACCAGCUGUCCUGCAGGUGGAAAGGGUGGCCCCCUUGUAAGCGAGGUCUACCUUCUCGGAGGUGGGUCCAUUGGACAUUACAUUAUGGUGGUAAAUUGUAAAUAUUGAAGGAGAAUCUUAUUCCAUUUUUUCACGGACAUCCAAAAUGACUUGGACAAUCUAAUACUUUGUAAGUUACGUCGGAGAGCAGAUUAUACAUUUGGACACGCUUUUACAUAGACUACAUGUAAGUACUAAAGCUAUUCGUUUUACCGAGAAUUUUUUCAAUCUUUGAAGACUAUUUAUGCCGCUGUAGUUUUGGGCUUUUCCUGGCAUAAAUCACUGAACAGCAAAUCAUUUGAAUUGAAUUUAAAUGUUCAUAGUCUCGAGAUAUCACAUAUAUGUCUUUAUACAUUUAAAACUUAUAAUCCAAGGGCUUGAAAUCCACUUUAUGAAAAAAUCUUUAGUCCUUAAUGAAGAUAGGUUUAGCGUUAGCUUGCACUUGGAUAGCUGCGCUGAAUGUUAUCAUGUAUGCAAUCUUGGUUUUAGAACGUGACUGUAUUACUAUAAAUAUAUUCACCACUGAAUCCGUUUUGUGUUCUUCAAACAGCUAAAUGUGGAAAGCUGUUAGACUUGCAACAAAGUGCUAUUCAUCUGUCGAACUCAACGAUCAAGGGUUCAUCUUACAAUGAAUCCUGGGGCAUUCCUCUGGUAGGAGGGGGCUUUUCCUGGUGUCCAAGUACCUCGGAUCAAAACCGAACACUCGAGAUUAACUUUGGUAAGAGGCUAGACUUACUUUGAGUCCGUGCAACUUCUCUUUGAAAGGCCAGCAAUUUCAAAGGAAGGUCCCUGUUACCUAUUCAUACACUAUUGAAAGGAGAUGGAAGAUGCAAAAUCGAAGAUGUCAGUUAUUUUGCAGCCUACGUUCGUUGAUGUGGGACUUUACGAUCGCUCUGCACAUUCGGGGAUUUGGCGGCAGUGCUAUACUUUUCUUUCAGAGAUAAAAGCCAUCUUGCAGCCUUAGCUGAAAGGGCUAAUACGCAUCAGUUACAUCCUUCGUGUGGCUCUGAAGUUUUAAAUAAUAUUCUGAACUUUAUCCAUUUAGUCACAAAUUACAGACGAACCAUAAAUAUUAAUGUUUUAUUCCAUAUGCUUAUGAGGAAAUAUGUAAGUUUACGUGCAAAGCAUUUGUAGCUGACGGCUUUUAAAUUGCCUUGCUUGUAACCCGCAGGAAGAAAAACCCUCCUCACUGAAGUAACUGUGCAAGGCAAAAACGGCUCCAGAGAUUUUGCCGACAACAUCUGCUUUGGUUCUACUGUUGAUGGUGUCUCCGGUGUUCAGAAGAUAUUAAAAACCACAGUGGGCUGUGUGGUAAGAGGAUGUAAAUAAUUGAUCAAGCAAAUAAAUAAAUAAAUAUUACGAUUUAGAGGUAGCACAUCCACUGAGUGGUUCUUCGUCAACCUGAUUCCUGGUCGAAUUGAAAUUUGGGAAAAAUGGAUUUUGAGGAAAGGGAAAACCGGAGCACCCGGAUAAAACCUGUAGGAGCAAGGGAGAGAACCAACAACAGACUCAGCCUAUAAUUAUAUGGUGUCCACGCCGGAUAUUUGAACAUGGGAAACAUUCAGCGGAGGGAGGCGAAUGCUCUCACCACCGCGCUAACCCUUGCUCCCCCAGUUUAGGCUGGGCCACUCUGUUAAGCUGGUCCCAAUUGGUAGAAGAGAAGAAACUUCCAUUGACUCGCAAUAGAGUGACAAUCCAACCCAAUAAAAUUCAACGAUACAAUAUGGACUAAGAACUGGAAUUUUAAUGACAACUAGCUUUCUGUAGAAUAGAUUCGAAAAACUGAUCUUGUCCUGUAUUUGAAUUUCUCAUCGUUUUCCGUUUAUUUGACAGACUCGACUGAAAUUAACCAAGAAAAAAUUGUUUUUAUAUCCUGCAAUCCAUGUACAGAGUAGCUAUUUUGAAAGGAAUUGGAAAUACUUUUUUUCAUUUUCAGGUUGAUAUUCCAUGGACGUCUCCAGCUUAUGCUAAUAAUCUCACGAUAACAAUUCAACCGUCUGUUUCAACUCAGUAUUUGAAAAUUUCCCCUCGUGGUCCUCUCAGUGGAAACGGUUCCUGUCUCAAGAUCGACAUACUUGACAGCUUGGCAUGUAAGUCAUCGGGGCAAUGUAUGUCAGUGAUGAUCUUGGCUUCAUGAAACGAGGGAAGGGGCUUCCAUUACGGUAAAGGUGCAACAAUAAGACCGUAACUUAAAAAGAAAAAAAAGUCCUUUGGGAGGAGGGGAAACAAUAGAAAUGUGUUGGUGGCGGUGGUGGUGAAGAGAGCUCAUGGAUGGAGAGAAAUAGAAAUGUGGUGGUGGAUUUUAUGGUGGUGGGAAAGCAACAGAAGUGCAGGGAGGUGGUGGUGAAGGGAAUACGAUAAAAAAAUUCUUGCGUUGGGGGUUUCUGUAGAGGGGAAGUAAUAUAAAUGUGGAGAUAGCGGUGGUCGUAGUGUUUGUGGACGGAAAACAACAGAAAUGUGGUGGUAGUGGUGGAGGCAAAGUUAUAGAAAUGUGGUGGAGGUGGUGGUGUUUGUGGAGGAAAAGCAAUAGAAAUGUGGUUGUGGUGGUGGUGGUAGUGGUUUUGGAGGGAAAGCAAUAAAGAAAACAAUUUACAGAUGUCGUUAAGAGAGUGUAAAUGAUACCUUAAUAUACUGCUUGAGACAAAAAAAUGUUAUAAAGCGAGCGAGGGAUAUGGCUUUCGAUUUUGCGGGCACCCCGUCUAUGCGUACAUAAUUCAUAACAAGGUGUCCCAUAAAAAUGUGAGAUAUUAAGUAAUUUUCACGUAAUAAAAUUAACCAAUGCGUGUUCUCUAUCUGUCCAUUACAGCCUCAAUUUUACGACGUUCAAUGGCUGUGGUAACAUAUUCAAGUAGUCGCACAUAUCUUAGUCAGCUCCCCUUGGUGGAUUCAAACACGUUGUGGUGUCCCACCGCAUCUGAUCUUGAUCCAUUCUUGACUGUGAAUCUUGGUAACUGCAUUUUAUUGUCGUAUUUAAUUGUUUAUAAUUAUACGGGAAUUAAAAGGAGCGCGUUACUUGUCAUUUCUACUACGGGUGAGAGUAAACCUUGACAUUACCCUUGACGUGUACUAAGAGAUAGAUUGACAAACCAGGUUACUUUGUCCUUGCAAAAACCAGUUUACUUUAGAAGCUGUUUGAGUAUUCCUUUUUCACAUUAAUGCAUCAUUUUUUAACUGUAAAGUUUGCUGUGUUCGCGAGAAUUGACAUCAUUAAUAGAAAUUAGGCCUUGAAAGCGAAAGCAUAAUUCCAAAAACGUCUUAUUAUAGGUUCAUUGUUGAACGAUACAUAAAUUUGCCCUUUUUUGCAGGAUCAGUCUUUAACGUAUCCGCACUGCAGCUUCAAGGAUCCGAAGAUCCGAGCGAAAGACCUCACACUUUCUGUUUAAGUUACAGCGGAGAUGGAAUCAGAUUUCUUGACUUUAGCGUCUCAGGAAGUUCGUGCCAGGUAAAUCAACAGUCAAGGAUUAAUGAAAGAAAGUUGGAAAAAAUCGAUUGCAUCCAUCGACAGAAUAUCAUUCAUACAUUUUAUUUUUAUUCACCACUAUCAAGAAAAGCGCACAAUGAUAAUAGUGGCCAAGACAAAUUUACUGUUGGUGGAUUGUUGUUCUCAUUAAAUAAGGUGAAGUUUCAGCAUUUUCUAUGAUAAGAGAUAUUUGAUGUUUAAGAGUAUCAUCAAUAUCAUCAUCGCCAUCAUUACAGAAAAGUCUGUAUCACCCUGAUUAAAUUUUGAGUCUAUUUCUUCUUCUUCUUUUAAUUCGUUUUUGUCUCCCCUUUUUCUCUUUGGCCUUCUUAGCUUUUUAAGCUUACAAACAGGAGCGGAGAUGGUGACGUCGCUCGCCAGUAUACAUUUAUCCCGCCUCGUCUUGUGAACUCAGUCAUUUUAGAACCAAAGUAUCCCAUAUUAAACACCAACGACGGCUACUGCAUAAGAACAAACUUUGAAGGCUGUGUCACAACUACGCCAAAUGGAGAGCUAAUUUCAAAGGGUAAGAUACUUCGUAAUAUCAUAAUAGAAGGGAAAGACAGCAAAAAAGAGAGGGGGGCGGAGUGCUCCAUUUGUUUCAUUCACUACCGAUAUUCUUCCCAGACUGACGUAAGGUUAUUCAAGGUUUUAUCUUAUUUUAUUUAUUUAUUUAUUUAUUUAUUUAACAAGUAUGGCUCAUAGGAAACAGACCAGAUAAUAAAGAGAUUAAGAUUCACGUUUACGCCAAACAGCAGACGUGAAUUUGUAUCAUGUGACCAACUUUCCCCCUUAUUUUUCGUUUACUCUUUAUUACUUCUACACAAAAGUGCCAGUUUUAACCAUUGGAGUCUUUCGGGACUGUUCUUUUUCUGCUUGUUCUCUAUUCUGAGAAAUUCUCAACCAAGUCUGACGUUUGCCGUUUGCGGUAAACGUGAAUGUUAAUCUGUCUAUUAUUGUUGAUAUCAAAACGGUCAUAAGCCUAAACCCGUAAAAUUUCCUUUUAGUGACAAGUCUUCAGCUUUUUCAGCUUUUUUUGUUUGAUUUUGCAGGGUGCGUCGGAACUAUCAGGGAAAAAUGUUGUGUUUUUCCAUUCCUGUAUAAAGGGAUGGAAAUCUAUUCAUGCAUCAGAGAGGACCACAACCAAGCAUGGUGCGCCACAACUGAUAACUUCGACAAAGACCAGCUAUGGGAUAACUGCCAAGGUAUAUUGGAUCACUUUAUGUUUCUGGGAAACUGACCAACUACCCUCCUCCACUAAGCCAACAGUUUGCCCUAAGUGAGAAGUAAGUGAUAAUGUUGGCUUAGGGGAGGGGUAGGUUGGGCAGUUUCCCAGAAACCUAAAUAGUUCCGGUAUAUUGACCAACACCGUUUUGUAAGACUAUAAUAAGUGAGUUACUCUUGACCAGCUUCAUGUUGAGAAAUGAGGGUACGGCCAUCAUUGCCCUGCAAGCGUCUCGACCUUUGCGUUGCUGGGAUGAGGAAGAAGAUAGAGGGGUUCUGUUUCCAUAAAGAGGCAGUAAUUAAAAAAACUGUAGUAUCGUCUUGUUUCAUUGACUGUAGAGACGGAGGAUGAAUUGGUGCCACUCACCAAGAUUUUGUCCGUGAAAUUUUUCGCAACAAAUUUUGCUGCCUGUCCGUUUCCUUUCAGCUGUUCCGAUUCCCUUCCACAUUGUACCGAGUUUAGUGGGAUACCGUGACUAUCUGAGUAAAAUAAUUUAUAUAACUUCGGCAGUAGCAACCUCGUUCCCAGGGUCUUCUAGUUUUCAAGUAUGGCGGCGGAGGGAAAGAAGACCCUCUUCCUUGCCGCCGCCAUAUUGCCGGAAGACGAGAAAACCCUGGGAAGGAGUUUUGCUAUCAAUCUAUUUUUUAAGCAAUCAAAUGAAAUUUUUCAUCAUUUCCUUGCAUUUUUAAAAUAUAACCUUAUACUUAUCCCUUUCUUCUGCUGCAAUCAGUCAAGUCAUCAAAACGAGAGCUAACAUCAUUCUACGUUCGUAAUUUCAGUCGGCUUUAGCAAUCCUUGUUACACAAAGCCCUGCUUCAAUGGAGGUACCUGCAUAGAGGACCUGAUUACCUGGAGAUAUCAAUGUAUAUGCACUGAAAAGUUUAUCGGUAAUAACUGUGAAGAAGGUGAGUGAAAUUCCUUAUUUUUUUUUUCUCAUCUGGCAAACAAAUCAUGUCCAAGUUCAUAUUUUUAUUUACCCAAGAUGGGAAUAUUGAGUCAAAGCUGGUGGCCGUCCUAGCUGCCACCAUAUAUAUUAUCAUACAUACAACAAUUUUCUUGUCUCUUAAAGCCUAGCUAAUUUCUUUCCAGAUUUUGACGAAUGUUAUAACAGUCUCUGUCAAAACGGAGGGACAUGCAUUAACACUGACGGUGAUUAUAGAUGCGAAUGUAACUAUGGAUACACCGGAAAGGACUGUCAUUUAGGUAAGGAAAAAAGCUGUACGGUGUAUGUAUAUACUUAAGGACUUCUGAGACAUCUGAACCGCGUAAACGUCUGGCUGUUAAUAGCAAAGUCAAGUGGUCGGGUCUUUGUUCAGACGUGUAAGAUUUCUGAGUCAUGACGUCCUCUUGUAUAAUAAGUACAGCCAACGUCAUAAUUUCCUAUUAGUGGUUCUGGUCACUGUUGGCUAUUCCACCAUAAAUUAUGUGAAGGACAAUUCUAACCGAAAAAGACAGUCGUAGAAUAGCAGAAUCAGUUACGAAUAUUUUGACUUGAUUGCUUGAGCGCAGCUUUAGAGUGAUGAUAAAAUUGUUUUCCAUAACUCAUAAUCCUUCAAGUCAUUAUUCUAAAGUUUUGAUUGGUCUACUGAUCGUCUAUUGCGUCACUGCAGAUAGCCGGCAACAUACCGACCAUGACCUGCUGGCGCAGAAUAGAAAGGAAAAAACUGGAAAUUUUCUGCACACGGUUCUUUGCAGAUGCACAGUUUGGUGCCUUUCUCUGAGGGGCAGUUGUUCUCCGUGACAAAAUAUUACAAGAAUGUCAACCGCAUAAUAGAUAAGAUAACAAUAAUUUAUCCUCUUUCAUUGACAAAUCUUGAUUUUUUGCAACCGUUGACUAAUGCUUUUUUUUUCAUCUUUAGAUGUCCAUUUCAGCGAGCUUGAAAUUGGUUUCGCCAUUGAUGGUUCUGCAAGCAUCCAGUUUUACGGCAAAACUAACUUCCAGAAGCUUAAAGACUUUGUAACAAAACUAACACGCUCAUUCAAUGUCUCUAACAACGAAACCCGCGUUGGGCUGAUCGUUUAUUCCACAAACUCAACCCUAGCCUUCAAUCUUGACCGGUACUCAAGCUUAAAUAGAACAAUAGAGGCAACCAACAAUGCAACAUAUCCAGGUGGUGGUACAUUCACUGGUAAAGCCCUCAACCUUGCUGCCACAGGGCUGUUCAACGAUAGUGUCAUAAGAGCCAGUGUUAGCCAGGUGUUAGUGUUAGUCACAGAUGGAGUAUCUACAGAUGAUGUCAUUGAGCCGGCUGAUUCACUUUCUUCGGUAUUUGUCUACGUCGUAGGGGUCGGCAAAAAUUAUGAGCUGUCUCAGUUGCAGAGGAUAGCGAGGGAUAAACAGGAAAGAGUUUUCCCAACUGAAUUCGACAAACUCCAAAACGUAGCCGAUGAUGUUAGAGGACAAAUUUGUUUGGGUAACUAUAAAAUUUUGUAUUUGCUUUAACAACUAAAAACAUAAACUAAGCUAUGUAGUGAUAGCAAUUUGAUUUCAUAAACUUAAGAAAAAAGCAUUCAAAGAAGGCUAAGGCCGGUUGCUACUCCUUGAUCGGUCUUUCCGAAUUAUCCCUCAAAUUAACCUUUUUUAUUCUCCAUUAGGAGUUCAUAAAAGUUAUCAUCAUCAUCAUCAUCAUCAUCAUUAUCAUCGUUAUCGUCAUCAUCUUCAACAUCAUCCUCAUCAUCAUCGUCGUCAUCAUCAUCCUUGUAUUCAUCAUAAUGUUUCCUUUUUGUCUUUGCUUAAAAGAUAUUGACAAGUGCUGUGACAAUCCCUGUCGCUUUGGUGGCAUCUGCACGAAUGGAGGCUUAAACUGUACUUGCUCAGAAGGUUUUCAGGGGCCAACAUGUUCUAAAGGUUAGUAACUCUCGUCAAAGGAAAAGGACGGGAAACCUAACUAGUAAUCGUAAUCGGAUAUCAAACUUUUCCCCACUGCCCACCAGUCGUGCCCUAGCCAGAGAAAACAGCCGACAUUUGGUGACACUAAAAUUGGUUACCCCGCUAAAUGACGUCUAAGAAACGUGCACGGAAAUUCCAUACUGAUGACGCGUCACUACCCAUAUCUUGGAAGUGCUUCUGAUUGUUUGAAUCAAAUUUCCCACGCGGCACGACCAAUCAGAAGCACUAGCCAGAUCUGGGUAGUGACUCGUCAUCGGUAUGGAAUUUCUGCGCUAGUUUCUCAGACGUCGUUUUGCGGGGAAACCAGUGGUAGCGUCGCCAAAUGUCGGCUGUUUUCUAAGGCUAGAUGUGCCUGUAAUUAUUUACGAUUUUUAACCCUCCAGAAAUGUAGCAGUCUCAAACCAAUAAUUGUUAUGAUUCUUUAGCCGUUUGUGAUUCCAGUCAACGGAAACAUGGAUCUAAUAUAAAAACAGGAACAUUCAAUAAUAGUUUCUUUCUCUUUUAAAAGAUGUAAAGGAAUGUCAAAACCCCAACGCAAGCUGCACGUCUGGAAAAGCAUGCACCGAAACAUUUGGCGGAUAUGAGUGUACAUGUGCUAACACUUCCCUGUACGGUGCAAAUUGUACCAAAGGUAACUCUCCUUUUCAGAUUUUAUAUAUCAAUAAAGUCGAGUGGUCUUAAACGGCCAAGCUCCGGAAGGGACAAGAAGUGACUUACUGAUCAUUGGCCACUUAGAACAGGUUUUGUUUACGGUGAUUUUAGGACAGUUUUACACGCCAGAACUUUGGUGACUGUCUGCCAAAUAGUGUCUCUCCUUCAAAAGAGAAUGAUUAAGAGACAUGAAGCUAGCACUACAAAGGGUUUGUGUAGUUAUGUAAAGUUUAAAGCAUUUUACAAACAGCUAGUUAGAUGUAUACUGUCCCUCUCAGAAUGAGCUAUGCAAGAUUUAUGGUUUUAUGUGCAAUAAAAAAAUGUUUGCUUCAAAUAUUUUAUACAGAUUGUGGCAAAAACUUCACAGUACUAUUUCUUGUGGAUACGGCGAGGGAUGUUGGAAGCGACAACCUAAAACGCCAAAUUGAGUUCAUCAUCUCUGUAGCUUCUACAAUCAAUUUCAACCACAUCGCCGUUAUCUCUUACGCAACAAAGGCGGAGGUAAUCAUCACACCAGGUCAGGCCUCCAACUUCUCGGAAUUUGCCCAAACGCUACGAGAAGCUAAUUACUCAUUGGAUCAUCUUAAAAACUUGGGAAAGGCAUUCGAGAAGGCACAAGAAAUAUCGCAUUUGUUUACUGCAUCAAAGCCAGGGAUUACAGUGGCCAUGAUAUCAGGAAAGUCACAUGACGACCCUGCUCCACCUGCAACAGAUUUAAAGAAAAGAGGGGUGACCAUCGUUGCCAUUGUCUUUACGGGUGCUGGUUAUAGUAUGGUACAAGUGUCACUGUUUGUCUCGAAACCAGACACUGAUCAUAUAGUUACUACAGAGUUUUCUUCAUUGAAGUAUUCUGUCAACAUAGCUAGAGACGCGAUUUGUAAAGGUGAGGUACACCAAACUCCGAAAAGAAUUGUGACACGCAUGAGUUCAAAAGCUGAGUCUUUGCAUUCAUGAUGCCCCAGUACCCCUACGAACUCAGUAUUCUGUUAGCUGGUUUAGGCUGACGUCAGUAGAAAUAUUAAAUACGCUUUCUGGCUGCCUUCCUUUAUGUCUAAUUACUCAAACUGUCAAUUUAACAUACUGUUGCUUUGUUAACAUCUUUAUUUUUCGAUUUCUUCAGCUUCAAAUCCUUGUUCUUAUGCCGAUUGUCCUGCACUUCAUACGUGCCAAAAUAUCUACGGAGAAAAUGGAGGAUUUAGAUGUAUUCCACGUAAGUAAAUGACAUCUAAGAAAGCAAACAACAAAAAAAAACAGCAUCUAAAAGAAAACAACAUAUAAAAUGGUGAAAAUGAGUUAAGUUCUUGAAGGAAAAAGUUUAUUAGGCUGUUUGCAUUGCCUUCAGUGUGGAAACUAUUUGACAGCUAAUGUAUUAUGCCGAUUAUCCAGCACAUCAAAACCACUUCAGCUAGUUCAGUUACUCUUAGCAUUAAGUUGGUCUUACUAUACAAAUGAGGCAAUAGCUAGUGCGGCAUUACUCCCAGUUUAGACCCUGUGGGAUGAGCGGAUGCUGUUAGAAGAUAGUUCCAUAAAUAUAUUGUAGAUGAAAUAGAUUGUAAAUGACCCAUUAUGCGGGAAGAUUCUGUUGCGGAAGCAUUAAUUUUCACAACGUCUCAUUGCGGAUUACCGCCCCGCCACUUAUCUAAAACUGAGACCUGUUUAGAGGCCAAUGUAAAGACAUUUUGUUAUUACUUUUUGCAGCCGUAGAUGCGUGUAAUCCUACCAAUCCUUGCAAUAAUGGCGGGACCUGUGUGGUAACGGAUAAUAGCUUUAAUUGUACCUGUCCCCCUGGCAUUGGAGGACAAAACUGCACCGAAGGUAAGUGCCGUCAGGCAAAACAGAGGAAUGCAGGUUUUAGUCUUGAAGUCGAUUUUUUGUUAUUUUCUAAUAAUGGUAUUGUCUGUUCCCUUCAGAUUUCGUAAAUGAAUGUGACUCAGCACCAUGCCGGAACGGCGGACAGUGCAUAGAUCUUUUAGGAAGAUUUAAAUGCGAUUGUCCUGAAACGUUUUCUGGGAAGUUCUGUGAAGUGUGUAAGUCUAAAUUUCUUGGCGAUGGUAAAUUUUGUUUAUCCGCCUUAAAUAAGGAUAGCUACUAUGAUUGAACCUAACUUUGAUUCUGAUUAUGUGUUCCCAAUUCUCGUCUAAAUAUAUUCUGUAUUAACGGAUAUUAGGCUUCAAGUACCAUUUAUUUUAGCCGUGGAGCUUUGUUUAAUAACGGGGCAUUAGGCCCAUUUAAUACGUCAAAAUGUUCAUGAGGCGAAUGCAUUUCAUUGAAUUAAAGUGCACAAAAUUAAGGUUCGCCAUUUGAAUCCAUUAGAAACGAAUGGAGAAAACAAACCAACCGAAAGCUUGUAAUUUGGUUACGUUGAUUCGUUAUAAAAAGUCUUCAUCUGGUAGUUCUAAUAAUUUUCAUACGUUCAUUUCUUUAUGCAUCUCCUUCCUUUCAAAGGAUUAAAUUUAUAACGAAAAAACUCGAUGACCAGCUUCCAAUUGGCUUGUUAGCCCAGUUGGCAGAGUGCUGCAGCGGUAUCGUAGAGAGUCUAGAUCACGCUUGAAUUUCUUUCAUGCAGGCUUAUGAUUAAUCUUUCCGCAACUGCAAAAGUUUCGUGUACAACUAAAAUGACCUUCCUUAAGUUUAGUAACCACUUUUGUUUUCUCUAGCUUGUUCAACCAAGAAAUUCAACGUGGUGUUUCUAGUUGACGGAUCAGGAAGCAUAGAAUUCCAGGGACGUGGAAAUUUCCAGCGCUCAAAGGAUUUCAUCAAAGCUCUAAUCAACAAUUUUGAAGUUGGUAGAGACCUGAUAAACGUUGCAACAGUACUCUUUUGGGACCGCUUUGCAAUUAUUCACCGGUUAAAUACAUUUUAUACUAAAGAAGAAGUAUUGAACGCCAUACAAGAUAUGCCUUAUCCGGGUGGAGGGACCAGGACCGGCCAGGGCCUUGAUGUGAUCCGAAAUAGCAUUCUUACAAAUCUUGGCGUUAGAAGUCAGUUAACGAACAUUGUAGUAGUUGUAACUGAUGGAUUGUCACAAGACAGUGUUUCUACACCUGCUAAAAAGCUCCGUGACAUGGGAGUGAUCAUUAUAAGCAUUGGAGUCGGUUGCUGCUUCUACAGACCAGAGUUAAAUGAAAUGGCCACUGAUCCAGACAAUACGCAUGUCUUUGAUGUCGCCUUUAGAGGUCUGGAAACCAUUGUUGAGCCACUUUUUGAACAGAUUUGUUUUGGUAAGUUAUGUCUUUCAAGUCGUCGUUCGCGGCAACUAUACCUUUUCAAAUAGUUGAUAAAUCCAAAGCAAUUAUUUAUUUAAAGAACUUUUUUGCGCCCAUUAAGGACGGCGAACCUAUCCACACAAUAUGACGUCACAGCCGCCAAUUCCUCGAGUAAGACAAAACUUGGCCUAGACUUCGAUAUUUCUGAAAUGCAGGCCUGGAGGACCAAAAUAAACCCGGUGUGAGUGGGCACAAAUAAAAACUUCGAUUUUGUAAAAUUGAAGUUCUGUUUUGAAGCUUGUUGUUUGUUUUUCAACAGCGACUGACUUCUGCUCUGCCAGACCCUGUGAAAAUGGUGGGAACUGCACGAACGAAGCGGACGAUUUUCGAUGCAACUGUACAGAGCAAUGGACUGGAAAAAAUUGUUCAGUUGGUAGGUACUAUUUACUAUUUGCUGUUACUAUUUUUUUUUAUAAACCCUUCUCAAAUUAAACAUCAAUAAACGCUACCAUAAAUACGACAAGUAUCCACUAACUUCCUAUAGGUUUCCUUUUAGGCAUUUUGAAAAACUUGAUUAAUUAAAGCAUUGUUAGUCUUAUCCUUUUACAACAGUCAGUCAGCUUGAUAUUUAUGCUGUUUGAAUACGGCCUUACUUAUAUUAUUACCCAGAAUUCCGUUUAUCAAGCUUCUCUCUCUCAUCACUUUUGCAGAUGUCGAUGAAUGUUCACUUAAUAUUACUCAGUGCGCAGAUAACCAAGUAUGCCACAAUUUUCCGGGCGGCUCAGCGUGUCUUUGCACUAAUCAAAGAUACGGAAGCAGCUGCAGCAUACGUAAGUGCAAUCUACUUCUGUAUACCUUUUCAUUGAAAGAAAUGUUUCAAUUACUUAUCCCCGGGAGCUAUUCAUCUUUACCUUUAGGUACCUUCGUGUAAAUAGCUUGCUCGGUUUUUACCUUGCUUUCCAACUUGAUAACUUAACGAUACUGCAACAAGCUCAAGGGAAUCAGUUGGCCUUUUCCUAGUCUCUGUACGCCGUCUUCCCAGGCCUUCUUGGUCAAUGCAUUUCUGUGAUGUUUCCGAGAUGAACGGGCGGCGACGUGCCCUGAAACGCAAAGGCCGCGUGGACAAAUUAGGCCUAGGAACAAGGCGAAGUCGGCUUGAGGUUGCAAAAACAACAGAACGUUUAACAGACACGGUUGCCUAUCGCUAGUAAUUAAGCUUUCUUUGUCUUUACACUUUUAUGAGAUAUUUUGCCAACAUGUGAGCAUAUCCCUGAGAAAUGUUUCUUCUGUUUCACUGCUUAGAAUGUAACCAUACAAAGAUGGAUGUUGGCUUCCUGAUAGACAGCUCUGGCAGUAUUAAUAACGCCGAUAAAUACAACUUCCAAAGAAUCAAAGACUACAUUAAAGGAUUCAUUAAGUCCGUUGUAAUUGGCGAAAAUGACACAAGAAUUGGCAUCGCCACCUAUUCCAGUCAAGGAAACUUCAAAAUCAGAUUUAACUUCACUGCCUUUUCUUCCGCGGAGUCCCUCGUUGAAGCGACUCAAAACAUACCCUAUGAUUCCGGAAACACGCACACGGGAGAGGCACUGAAUCGAAUAAGGUUGGACCUCUUCUCGACUAUCAGGGAGAGGCUGCCAGCAGUUCUCAUUGUUCUGACUGACGGUCGAUCUCAGGACAAUGUGACAUUGCCAUCUAAACUCAUCCGGGACAAUGGAGUCCACGUCAUUUCCGUUGGAGUAGGUUCCGCUGACUAUGAUGAGUUAGCUGUUAUAGCGUCUGUCCCGAACAAGGGCAACAUCUUCAAUGUGUCAUUCACUUCCCUUAACAAUCUUGUAGGGUCUUUGGUUGAAAGUGUUUGCAGAGGUAAUCCUUUUGUUUUUACUAUACUGACCGGAAGGUUCGGUUCAUAAAAAUGCUAAAAGAGCAUGCCUAAAGUUUGUUUCGCAGAGCCAGCGAUAAGAAGGAGAUGCGUUAUUUUGACGGUGUACAAGGAAUGCUUGUAUUUCAACAUUUUUGGGCAUAAUUAGUAAGAAAGAUACCUGAUUAUACCUGAGAUUAUACCUGAGAAAGAUACCUGAUUAUACCUGAGGUUAUACCUGAUUUGCUAAAUACUAUCAUUUCACUCUUACUUCAUAUCACCAUAUAAUUUCUAGAGAACGCGCGAAAUAUGCCUCUUUGUAUCACAGCAAAUUUUGUAUUGCUCUGACUGUCAAGAUUUUUUGCCGGAAGAGGACUGUGUAAGCAGCGCCGAGGACUGGAAAAACAGUUUUUGCGUCCUUGCAAAAAAAAAUGUCUCAUUUGAUGGUUAAACAGAUGAUAAGCAUGGAAAAAUUGUCAAUUCUUCGUAUUCUCUCCCUCGCCUCGUGCGGAAGAUUUCCACUUUAAUCAUAUUUUAAAGCACCAAAUACGAUGUACAUGUACAUAUUCGCAUCAUUAAGUCUUUUCUUAUUAAAUGUUGAAAAUAUUCCAGGCGCCAAUCCUUGUGAUCCUUCACCAUGUAAGAAUCAAGGAAUUUGCCAUGCAGAGUAUGGUCGUGAAUUCCGAUGCCAAUGUCCACCAGGAUUAACAGGAAAGACAUGCGAACUCGGUAAGACGGGAAAAUUGAUAUAUAGCGAUUCAGAAAGAAUAGAAUGAGCCAUAUAUGUUCAUUAACCCCAUCACAUCAAACUCACGUUGUGUAAUUGCAAUGUACGGUGUAUGUCCAACUCAAGACAGUUGAAAUGCGAUGCCGGACCAAGCAGCGGAGAAAAACUUACAUCAAGGCCAGAAGUGAUCAGCCGUUUAAAAGGAUUUCCAAUUGCGAUGGUUAAGGUUUAAAUAGUAUGACCUCAAUCAGAGAUUGCUAACUUGCAAACAAGUAAUAUUGAUACAUGUCUUAUCAUCUUGCAGAUGUCGAUGAAUGCUUUAACAAUCCAUGCACCAAUAACGCUGUCAGCUGCACGAACACAUUUGGAAGUUAUGAAUGCAACUGCCAGCCCAUGUUUACAGGAAAAAAAUGCCAUAUAGGUAGAGGCCACGGUUAAAUACUAUUUAGUUGUUAACCAUGGUGUUACUUAGUUCAGUUUUACGCCUUUAGCCUUCUUCUGCUUCUUUCCUUUAAUUAUUAACAAAAAUUCGGAGAAGUAGAGUUCUAAGAACUGUACGAUCAGUGGCAGAUCCAGACCUUCAGAUAAAGGUGAUCAUCGAGACCCUGAGAUAAGGGGGAAGCCCGGCCUCAAAAAACAACUUAUUUGGCCCUUCGAGCCAAAGUUUGGUGUAAAAAAAGGGGGGAAGGGCCCCCCGGGACCCUUCCGUGAAUCUGCCACUGACAAUCACAUACCAACUGACAGUGAUACUUUUAACAAGGAGCCAAUUAUGAAAGUCAGUAGCUUGCGCAGCAGGCGGGGUCGUUUGGCAGAGGAGCUGAGAAGCCUUGUGAAGAAUGGAGAGGUGACGCUUUCGAGUUUUCUCUAGCCUUCGCCGCCAAAACUGUCACACGCGCAAAAACUAUACCGCCAGCAACGCCGGCUGAAAAGCAAGCUGAGAAUAUAACUGAACAAACUGAAUACAGCAAAGCUCAGAAUUCACAUUUCUCGUUGAUUCGAGACUUCAAUCAUCGGGAAAAUUGACGUAAAAACCUCCAAUAAUACCACCUCUGAUGGCUAACAAAAAGUAUAUUAGAACGUUCAAUAAAAUAUUAUCAAAUAUGGUACGGUAAAAUUUACCACCUUAAAGACAAACGCUAUCGCCCCUCUGUUUGUCUGUCUGUCUUUUUCUUUUUUUAAGAAAUAACAAGCCAUGUGUUUGACCUUGCGAUCCUGUUUGAUGGUUCAACAUUCAUAACCAGAGAGGGAUUUGGACAAACUCAGCUCUUCGCAAAAACGGUUCUUUCUUCCUUCAACAUUUCGCAAGACCAAUCCAAUGUAGCUUGUACCGUCUAUGCCAGAGAUGUACGUGUUAGCUUUAAUUUCACAGAUAACUACAGUUUAUCUGCGGUUUCAAGAGCAAUUGACGAUAUUGCCUACCUAAACCAGCCCUUGCUAAAUAUUACGGCAGCACUCACAGUCGUCAGCAACACCCUAUUUGCUAAUGGAAGACAAAACGUCACGCGCAUUGUGCUCGUGUUUGUCAGUGACAUACUUAGUGGCAACCUAACAGAGGUAACGCAAGAUCUUCACCAGCAAGGAAUAAUAGUAAUCACCAUUGGUGUAGGCUUCAAGUUUCUCAAGAGUCAGCUGGAGAUACUUGCAAACAAACCUUUUCUGGUGCUAACUACAACCUUGCAACACAUUGACACAGUGGAGGGCAUCACCGGAGGACAAAUUGCCCAAGGUAUAAGACCUAGCCCAGGGGCAAAUAAUACUUCCAAAACAGGACAAGAGAGGGAUUGGUUUGAUGCUUUCUUCCUUUCACCUCCGUUGGGUUCCUACUAAGUUAUUAACAAUAUGAUGCCAAUGUUAGAAUAAUAGAAGGCAUGCGAUGAAUCUACAGGAUGACAUAUAUUACAAAAGAUGCUACCGCCGGGACCUUGUAACUUUAUAAAAUAUGGUUGAAAAAUCUGGUGCUUUUCUUUUAAGCACAAUUCAGAUUUAUGAAUCUGUGUAGAACCUCUGUAUUUUCAAUACUUACAUGUAGCUACAUGUCUGAGAAAUAUUAUGAUGAAACAUUUCGCUGCUACCGUUACACAUGUAAACAUGUCCUUCUGCUUUUUCAUUUACAGUUGUCGAUCCCUGUGCAAGUUUUCCGUGUAGAAAUGGUGGAAAUUGUACAUCAAAUAAAGGUAACUACAGCUGCGUGUGUGCCUAUGGUUUCACUGGAGAAAACUGUGAAGAAGGUACGUUACUACCUUUAAAGACAGCAACGAUUUGAGCACAGUGUUUUAAUGCUUCAAUGUUUAGUUUCUUUUUCCUCUUUUCAUUUAUUAGUAUUUUUCUUCAGAUAUUGACGAGUGCAGCAUCUCACUACCACCUUCAUGUGAUAGUGGCAAACGUUGCAUCAACACCCGAGGAGCCUAUCAGUGCGUUUGUAUUGGCAACCAGUACGGAUCAGAAUGUCAGCACGGUAUGUACAACUUGAAAUGGAAUCGCUGUGUAGUUGAGAGAAAUAAGUAAACCAAGUUUGUCAAACGUUAAUUUGGCCUUUUUAACAUUAACCGUGUUAGAAAGGUUUUAUUUUUUAUUAGGAAGAAAAGGAUUCUUUGUCUUUACUCAUAAGGUACCCUAGGUAGGACUUGCAUUCAUUUUCGCAACAUGCUGCUUUAAAUAGAAAGGCACAAGGAUGAUAAAUUAUGUUAAACUAUACUUGGGUCUGAUUAACUGGCAAAGCUUCUUCGUCUCCUCUUUAUGCUACAAAAGUUGUAUCAAUUCAUUAAUUCGUUGCUAGUAUCAUAUUUUCUGUCACACCAGGCCGUCUAUCUUCCGAAAAAAUUUGAUGUACAACAGCCUUGUUUAAAUGCUUGAGGUGUGUGCCCACAUAGGCGAAACAUUAGGCCGGAUGUGUUCCCGGUACAUCAAUUGCUAAAUGAAAUGAACAGUCCCUAAGAUAUCUAUCAGAAGUAUGCCUCAUGAAGGUUCAUCAAUAUACUGAUAACUUUGUCAAAUACCAAAAAAUAUACCUGUAACAUAAAAUCUGAGCAUGUUACUAUACCUGCAUGGAUUUGGUCCCACCCAUGCAUUAUCUUGUGUUCAUUUCAGAUUUUGACGACACAGAAAUAGACAUUGCCUUCCUUCUAGACGGCUCACAAGUUGUGACAAAGGACAACUUCCUACAUUUUCUCGCUUUGAUCAAAUCCACAACUGCAUCGUUAAAUGUAUCUAAGAAUGGCACCCAUGUAGCAGUAGCUGUGUACGGAGACAAAGCUAAUCUGGUCAUCGGCUUUAACGAUCACCUUAAUCAGUCAUCCUUGGACCUUGCAGUGGACUUAAUUACCUACUCGGAAUCUCGCUUAAGUAACAUGGGUGCUGGACUUGAAGUUGUUUCUGCAGCUUUUUCCUCCAAUGCAGCAAGGCCAAAUGCUACACACGUCUUGGUAAUAUUGACAAGUUCAAAGUCACAAGAUGACAUUGAAGUUCCCUCUCAUCGCUUGCUUACUUCAACAAAAGUGAAUGUGUUCACAAUUGGCUUUGGAACCGAGUACAGUAAUGGUCAGUUGAAGGAGAUCUCUUCAGAUCCAGACGAUAGCUUUGUAGUUACUGUUAACAAUGGAGGAACACUUCCUAUGGAAGUUGUCUUAUUCAAAGCUACCUUGGCUAUAGGUAAUAUGAAUUUCCUCAGAUUAGAUGUUCGCCCUAAACUGAGAAAACGUACAGACGACAUUUCGCGACGCCAACAAUCUUACCCGAGAAAUGACGUCUGGGAAACGAGCUGUUGUUUUCUCAGGCUAUGUUCGCUUUUAACAACGGUUCAUUCCUUUUUUUUUUACCCAAUCCGGCUAUGGCCAGAUUUGCAGAAUCGUUCAGUUCAUAAAUGAUCUUUCAUUUGCGUACGUACAUUUAUGUCUGAACGAAAAUUGUCAGCAAAUAGAUUUGAACCUCAGAAAAAAAAAUCAGCUUUCUUAUUUGUACAAUCGAUUCUAGGCGUUGACGGGGCAAUGCUUUCAACUCUUUGAGCCCUAUUGUCUACUAGCAAAUUUUGCAGAUAGAAAAAAAUAUCGAAACAUUUUCCUUUUGAUCAUUUUAUUAAUUAGCAUAACUUUUCCUAUUUACUAUGUACGGAUAGUUACGGUCAUGUCGAGCUUUAAUUAAUCAAAGCAGUGUCUGUAAUAUUAACACCUGUUUUUCAUAUUUCUCACCUUAAGGAAUAGACCCAUGUUCAAGCAGCCCUUGUAUGAACGGUUCGUGCUCCAAUUCAGAAGGCGGUUAUAUUUGUAACUGCACUGAAGGAUUCUCAGGAAGGAAUUGUGAAAAAGGUAUUAUUUUCGAGCUCGUAACUGAUACCGCAGAUAUCUUAGAACUAUUCUGAGGUGUUUGAGACCCAUAGAAUUGGUACAUAUUAUGGCCUUUUGUCCAUGUGAACGAGUUAUCUGCAAGUGUAUUGUACCAUUGGGUUUGUGAAUUGACUUGAAAAUACAUGACUGUUGGUAACCAAUGCCCUUCUAGAAGAUGACUGUAAUGUUUCCGUCCAUCAUUUGUUGGAGAAUAUUUUCAGUCAUCUACUUCCAAAGCACGCAUUGCUUACAAUGUCUUAAGCACGUUAAAAUUAGAUAAAUUUGGCAUGAAUCAAGGCAAACACAAAAUCUCCUUAUCCUAUUGCUUUCUUUCUACUCCUACUUCGCAGAGAACGAUCAAUGUCAUCCGGAUCCAUGCAAGAACGGUGGAGCAUGUCAAAUUUUACCAUUGAACUCAUACUACUGCAUUUGUCUGAAGGGAUGGACUGGACGCAACUGUGAAUCGGGUGACUAUUAAAAUUAUUUAACGUUUCAAUAAUAUAUUAUUAUUAUGAAACUUAAACCUGCAAAAUUAGCAAAUAAAAGUAAACCGUGAAACUGAGUAAAAAUCUUAUUUGUUGCUGCAGAUGUAGCUGAAUGUUCAGAGCAAAAUGAUGUUUGCCUGCAGGGAAACUGUGUUGAAAAAAGUGGUGACUAUCAUUGCAACUGUUAUUCUGGAUUUGCAGGAAGGCAAUGCGAUAAAGGUGAGCCAUUAUUAAGAAAAAAACAAUUUUCAGUUAUGCUAUGAAGUGGAAGCAUCGGUCUGUAGUAUCAAUGGUAUGUCAUUAAAAAGAAAACCUUCAAUGAUGUUGAUAUGUCUCUUUUAUCCGUGUCUAAAGAAAGAGCGUGGCGUGACAGAAACAAAUGUGAGCCAUUUUUUGGAAAAGCUCAAUUGCUUGAGAGGAUAUGGCAUCUUGAAGUGUACUUAUGUUUCUAAAAAUAGUAAUAAAAUGGCGGGAAAUUUAAAAAUCAAAGCUUAAUAACUCCUUAACCAAUUGAGCUUUUUUUUUGGAAAAAAUACAAAUUUUAUUCUAUCGCCUCGUGCUCUUUUAAAAUUAUUUAUUUGUUUUGUCAUAUCUUGAAAUUUUACUUUUGCUGCCAAUCUUGUGACAUCAUUUUCUCGCCAAAAAACGAAAAAUCGAAAAAAAAAAAAAAAACGUUAUUUUUUUGGAAAUACAAAGUUCUACCAUCCUGCAAAGUUUGAGCUCAAACGAAUAAAAAAUGCAAAGUAGUUCCUAGAAUGUACGUUUAGGCGUCCUAUAUGCCCACCGUUCACAGUGCUUUUUGUAAAAUUUGUAAUUACCAAAAUUUUUUUCUUUGUUGUUGUUGUCUUUAGUUCUCCCCUUCCUUGCAACAUAAUAAAUGAACAAAGGAGUAUUAUGGAGAGAUUUGACACGUCUAGUUUGUACCUGUAAAGGGGUUCAGCGGCAUGAUUUAAGUCUAGGAAAGAAUAAUUUAUUUGCACCGAUCUUUUGCUUUCAGUUUGUACAGAAAAGAAUUUUGACCUUGCGUUUAUGAUCGACGGAUCAGCAAGUCUCAAUCAGUGGGGUGAAAACAAUUAUAAAAAGAUUAUCAACGCGACCAGGAACAUAAUCAGCCUCUUCAGUGACAAUGAUCAGACAAAGUUCGGAAUUGUUGUGUAUGCAACAACCGCGGAUGUAAGAGCCGAUUUCUUAUUCACUCGAAGUCAAGUGGACGCUGUUUUGGCCAAUAUGUCGUAUCCUUCAGGUUGGACACGUAUAGGAACAGGCUUAAACACUACCAGAGAAGAUCUCUUUACAGGUGGUCGUCAAAACACUCAUAGGAUCCUGGUAGUUUUCACUGACGGAACGUCUGUCGACGGCGUGUCGGUAGCAUCCCAACUACUUCAUGACACGAACGUGACCAUUAUAGUAAUUGGUUUGGGUGAAUGGUAUGACAUUAACCAAGUUCAACGAAUGGCCAGCGAUCCACAAGCCGAGACGAUUCUUUUGACCACUCCUAACAAGCUUCAGGGAGUGGAAUGGAGGAUCCAUGAAAUGAUCUGUAAAGGUAAAAAAUGCUGCUUGUACUUUCAAGUGGGAAGGAAGGUUGUUGUUGUUGUUGUUUUUUUAUUCUGGACCCGUGCUCCUGAGGACAAAUAUUGUUUUGGUCGCUAACCGCUAUCACCUUAUGGAAGACAACAAACCCCCAACCUUUACGUAAGCAAACUGCUUUUCAUACCCUUUAUGUUGAAAUAGGUCAGUCAAAGACAUCUGAGUAAUGUCAUUACAACCGCAUUUGACGAUAAUCAAUUAACUGAGAAAGCAUGUUAUUUUGUUUCAGGAAUAGAUCAUUGUUUCAGUAGUCCUUGCAAAAAUCACCAGCUGUGCAUCAACAGUUUAGAGGGUUACCGGUGUGAUUGUGGCCCUGGUUUCACAGGCCCAAACUGUGAAGAGGGUAUGUUGUUCCAAACAUAGUGCAUAAUGUGAGAGUUACGUCCGGUGGAUGGUAUACAUUACACUUUCAUACUUUAUAGCUCAGUGCAUUGUCAAAUAUAAUGGCUCAAAAAUUCUUCUUUUUAGAAUUUCAUGAACGCGAUUGCUAGUUUUGUGUGACCAAUCUAUAAACCAUUGCACUGCACGAAAAAUUUGAGUUACUCAAAUUUACUCGGUGCAAAUAUGACGCAAAAAAGUGCAAACUAGGGGGAAAUCAAGAGCAAAGAUGGUAAAUACCACAUUUGCUUGCCAGUUUACAUGGGGUUGUAAAUUUGAAGUCAAAUGAGGUAUUUACCUAGUUUGCACUUUUUUGCACCAAAUUGGCACUGAGUAAAUUUGAUGUAAAUAACAUUUUUCGUGCUGUGUUGGAUGCGCUCCGGUUCCAUAUUGAAAUGAUCACCUCAUCCUUAAAUAAAAUAAGUCUCGGCUCCUAGCAGUCACCUCGAAAGGACGGAAAACCCCAUACAAUGGACACCCAGCAUUUCAGACACUUCAGCAUUUGUGGUCAUUUUUCUUUGAAUCUUGAUAAGGCAGAAGAAUCUGUAAUAACAACACUGAGUGUCCACUCCAAACGUGUCCGCAUUGAGAGUUGACAGUAUGUAAAGCACCUCUACAGAUUCCAGGUAAGUGUUUCUUCACAGAAUAACACUUAAUUCUUUUGCAGCCGUGGACAUAUGUAGCAACGAUACUUGCAGCGAUGGAAAGGUUUGCUUAAGCUCAAUUGGAUUUACUGGUUGUGUUUGUCCAACGGGAUUUUACGGUGAAAAUUGCACUUUCGGUGAGUAUCUUAAUGACCUUUCUCUGCUGGAUACAGCUAGUGACUCUGAAGUGACCGGAUUUUUUUAUUCAUUUCUUUAGAGCCGCCAUAGCUCGAAUCUAGAUUAUAACAAAAGCCUGAAAAAGAAAAUGCGAAGAUCCAUCCUAAAGAACUAAACGUUAAAUGAUUGGUUUAUAAAGACAAUAAGGAAGAGACAAGUCAUUUGAAGGAACAAAAAUAUCUUUGACUCAAAAACCUGACAUAGCCUGUGAUAACUGACCAGUGUGACAACUACGACACCAUUUUUUUCAACGUAUGCUGCAUCAACUCCUUAUAUCAAGUCAACCAUUUUUUCCUGCUAUUUGUUGACCUUAGCAUCCAGCAAACAGAGGUUUUACGAUACAUCUUAUGGCUUUCCUACUAUAGAGAAAUAUAGUUUCUUUUAACAAAACUAACACCUGUAUUUUCUUAGCUUGCAGUAAUACGAUAGACCUUGUCUUCCUUUUGGAUGGAUCAAGCGACGUAACGUUCAACAAUUUCAGGAGCACCGUGCGUUUCACAAGGAAUUUGGCAAAAGUUUUCGAUGUGUCUGCGUCCGAUGCUCACGUGGCCCUGGUAGUGUACGCCGAAGAGACGGAGACAGUGUUUAAUCUAACCAAGCAUCUGUUUUACCAGCAACUUCAGAGAGCAAUUUCAGGUGCACAGUAUCCCAAUACGAAGAAGCGGAAUGUUGGUGGUGGGCUGAGACGAGUUGACAACAUCUUAGCUUCAGGCGGCCGACAAGGUGUUCCUAAAUUAGUAAUAUCCGUGCAAAAUGGCGAAUCAGAUGAUGGAAUCGACGUCAUCUCACAGGAACUAAAAGCAAAGGGAAUCAAGGUGUUUGGACUUGGGAUAAAUAAUCUGAUUUCUAACGGCCAAAUUAAGGAAAUCGCCUACAAGCCUAAUGAAGACUACUUCCACCUUGUUGCAUAUGACAACAUGGAUUCGCCUGGUGUUGUUCAGAGUCUAAAGCAGGCCAUUUGUAAAGGUAAUUACCUUAAAUAGAUGGUGGUUAUUUUAUUAUUUUAUGACAUCUGAAAGCAGUCUUUCGUUCCGUCGAAAAUACUUUAAACGCAUAUUGGAAAGCCAAGUUAAUAUUUAUUUCACCUCGUCGUUUGUCUAUACCUGUAGGGAUGCCAUUUUUCUUAUCCAACACGGCAGAUUCUUACAAAACGUGGCGUAACCAGUGAUGAUGUUUGUGUUGCAUUGCAGAUUUAGAUCCAUGUACGGCAGAACCUUGUCUUGAUGGAGGAACUUGCAUCUCUAGAGAAGAUAGUUUUAUUUGCACUUGUCCCAUAGGAUUUACCGGUGCAGCUUGUGAGAGUAAGUGUUUAUUUUGCUCUUGUUUUGUACUUGACUUUAAGACAAAUCAAUCAUGCACACUGCUUUUGAAGGGAAAAUCUUCCACACACGGCAUUUUUUUUUACGAGGCACUUUCUUUCAAGUGCACUGAAAUCAGCAUGCAGGAAACAUAAAAUUUUAAUUUACCAUUUUUUUGUCAGCUAAAUUAUUCCCUUCUCAAGCGUAUUGUUAUGUCGAUGAAAAUUCCUGGCAAUAACUUUGGUGACAACAAGGCAUUUAACACGUUAUGAAAUAAAUGCUUAUUUAAGUGAUUAAGAGUGCAUGUAAUCUUUGCAGAUGAGAUUUCCCCUUGUGUACCCAAUCCAUGCCAAUAUGAUGGGAGUUGCAUAAUCGUUCCUUCAAGUCCGUCAUACAAAUGCGAAUGCAAGCCCGGAUUUGCCUCUGCAAAGUGUGAAGACGGUGAAUAUGUUAACUUAGGAAAUUAUAAAACGAUAUUGUUGGAAUGUGCUUAUCUUGACAUCACUGCGAGCGGAAUGAAUUGCCUUCGUUUAUAACCUUGGAUAGCAUUCUACGUAUUAUAGGUGGAGGCACUACCCUAUGACGCAAUCCAUUUCAUGUAUAAUAUAUUCUGAUCUUCUCCUAAAUGGUGUUAUCAUAUCAAUGCUUCUUAUACUACUAAGGCCACACCCACUCCUAGAAGGGCAACUUGGACCAUAUAAAUUUCAUGUAUAUGGUAGGCGUUCUCGCGUUUUAAGUGUGCGAAAGUGCCAUCACCUAGGUACUUGAGUGAUCGCUUUGUGACAAGAUCUAGUGUUCAUGAUCGAGACACAAGAAAUAAGGACUAUCUUAAUAUUCCAGCAUAUCAAUCGGCCGUAGGUCAACGAACUUUUCCAUAUAGAGAAAUUAAACUCUAGAACUCAUUACCAAGUGCGAUCACUGCUGCAGACAGCCUGUGUACUUUCAAAAACAAACUUAGAGAAUUAUUUCUUGAAUCAUUUCUAGUCAGCUGGGAGAGUUACCUACUGAUGUUUUUAUCUUUUUAAUUAUAAUUUUAACGUCUAGAUAGUUUAUUCAAUAUUUCAAACUAACCUUAUGAAUUAUAUAUCUGCUUAUGUACGUUGGGUCUGAAAAACCCUGAUUGGGAGAUUCAUUAAUGUUUACUUUACUUAAUAGAUGUGCUAAUAUAAGGAUAACUGGUGAUUAUCUUUAUUUACACUCAGAUAUCAACGAGUGUGACGCCAGACCUUGUCAAAAUAGCGGAAGAUGUAUAAAUACGCAGGGAAGCUAUUAUUGUCAAUGUCCGUCAGGCUUUUUAGGAAUCAACUGCGAAAAGAGUAAGCUACUUUCACUGUUUGAAACUCUUGUUUAACUGAGGUAAUAGAAUAAUAACAGCACACGUUCAUGAUCAGGAAAUGGCUCGACUUGAAUGUAAACUUUCCUGGAGUCGUACAUAACGAAGAUAGUUACAGCACUUUGGUUACUGGAGUACGAGCUCUGCCCAUUCGCCGCUUUCACAGCGUCCUAAUAUAGACUCCCUGUGCCUGCCCCCACAGCACUUAAACUUUUCAAGAGCAUCGUUUUCAGUUUCUCUUAACACUUACAUUGAAUCAAGAGAAUAUUGAAAAUAAUGACUUAGCAAUGCUUCAAGGUCAAAGGUAGUGUAUGAUGGGAUGAUGUGAUUGGCAAAUGUUGAAAUGUUUCCUCAUCUGAGUCACAUCAGCAACUACUAUUAUUGACCACGUUGGAAAAAUAUAGCAGUAGUGUGGUUAGCCCUCUUAAGUUUAUUUUAUCAUGUCAAAAUAUGUCUUUCACAAUAACGCUUGCCUCGAGAAGAAACAAAGACCGAACAACGCUUAGUUUAGCCAGAAAAAUGGAUACAAAUUUUGAUGUAUUUCUAGCUCUAAAGGUCACGAUCCCAUUAUUUUCUCUUUUGCAGUUUGCACAAGACAAGUCUUUAACUUGGCUUUCUUGAUUGAUGGUUCAGCAAGCAUUAAGAGUCUGCCAUCUGAUGAUAUUUCACGAUACAAAGCACUAACAAAAUCAAUUUACAACUUCUACAACGUUAGUCAGCAUGGCGCAAACGUCGGGGCCGUUGUCUACUCAACAAAUGGCACAACAGAAUUUACAUUUGAUCAGUUUUACUCCAAAUAUGAAAUCGAUAGAGUCAUUGAUGGCAUAGUCUUUCCUGGAGAAUCUACUAGAACUGGAAAUGGACUCACAUUGGUGCGUUAUAGUCUAUUUGCUGGUGGUCGAGGUGGAAUACCCAAUUUCUUAGUUGUUUUGACUGAUGGUGUGGCCAUAGACCAUAUCACCCUGCCGUCUGCCUUUCUCAGGGCCAUGAACGUGUACAUUCUAGCUGUUGGAAUCGGAGAUUUUUACUCCAGAACGCAGUUGAAAGGCAUUGCGUCAGACCCAGACGCUUCCUAUGUGUUCGAGGCAUCAAGUUUUGAUGUGCUACAGACGACGGCAAGCAGAGUCAAAGAAAGAAUUUGCAGAGGUAAACUGAGAUGUAAUGUUAUGAUGGCAACGAGAAAGGCAGUUCAUAAUUUACUAGAUGAUUGUAUGAUGGGAGAAACGUAAAACAAGAAGCAAUAGAUUGCGAUGACUUAGCUAUAGAAACUCUUCCAAGUGUACUUUUUAGGUUGUUGUAAAAAGCCUACAUGUUCUUUCAAGAUAUCAAUUUGGGAGCAGGGUUUGUGUAAAAUUGCCUCAUAUCCUUGUAGAUUCAGUUUUCCCUUAGAUGGUGGCUUGUUCUUGAGCAUAUUGUUUAAUUAUUUUUAUUGAGCCCGACGAUCUCAUUUUAUUUCCCAAACAACUUGCUUCUCAUUCUUCUGAUUCUUAUUAUCUUUCCAUGUAUUCUUGGUCCUUAAGUGGUGGACCACUGUUUUAGCAACCCAUGCAACAAUGGAGCAACAUGUGAUAGCCUCUCAGACAGUUUCAGGUGCAAUUGCCCGUCUGGAUUUACAGGAAAAACUUGCGAAACAGGUAAGUUGUCAUUUGUUCAAGUCAUUACACUACCUUGGGUCCAACGCUCUGGAUCUACACAUAAACAAAACAAUCCAUCUUAUUUCUUCUUUCAGAUAUCAAUGAAUGUUCUCCAGUGAAUUCAUCACUCUGUAACAGCCUUAUGGAAAUAUGUAUCAAUUUUCCUGGAACACACAUCUGCAACUGCCUACCAGGAAAGUUUGGCUAUAAUACAAUACCUUCCCAAAGUUCAUGUAACGCAGGUGUGUUCCGCUUGGUAACUUAUAAAUGCUGCUUUUUUCCCCAAACCCAGAAGGCUGGUUGAGCUUUUUCCCCCGUUUUUUAUGUUUGUACAUCUAUUUCGUGAUUUCUAGAGAUUUCAUUCGGACAGUUCAAGUAACAUACUCUUUAAAAUGCCCUGUAACCUUCCUUUGUGUGCGUCUUUUGUCGAAUUAUCCAUUUCCCCAUUAUAUUUUACUUCUUUAGUCUAAAACUGCAUAUAUAGUGUUUGAGAGAAAUAUAUUAACUAAUUGGAACUUCUCUCUCUCCAAGAAUACAACGCUAUCUUCAACAUCGGCUUUAUCAUUUAUACUGGUGACAGCAUCGACCGGUAUCGCAAGAGUAACUUCGCUAAGGAAAUCGCAUUUGUUAACGGUCUGGCCAAAUCCUUCAAUGUCAACAGUAACGAUACCAAUGUAGGAAUCAUAACUUAUUCUGGCGAUGCCAAAGUCAGAUACAGAUUUGGAGACGUCUCUAACCAAACUGAUUUGGAAAAGGCUUUAAAUACAAUCAGCAUAAACGGCAGCGGACGCAACAUAGGAAAUGCAUUGCAAUUGGCACGAACAGACCUGUUCAAUAGGUCAAAUCCAGAAAGAGUUGAAAAAGUGCGAAACAUUCUUGUGGUGAUCACAGAUGGGGGGUCAGAUGAUGAUCUUGCAGUUCCAACAAGCGCCUUAAAAGAAGAUAAUGUCACGAUAUUUAGUGUUGGAAUUGAUCGGUAUGUGCGAGGUCAGCUCAACGAGAUGGCUUCCGAUCCAGACUCUGAUCACGUGUUUACUAUUGAUUUCUAUGAUGAUCUUGGACAUACCGUGCCACCAUUAAAGGAUUCCAUUAUAAGAGGUAACCACAGGACAUGCAGGUGCAUGUGUGAGUUCCUGUUUAAUUCUAAGCGUGUUCCUUCCAUAUUCCUCGACGAAAUGUUAACAAAAGGCAGAAAGAAUUACCUUUAGAGACUACAACUUCUUUUUAUAGUAGGUCAAAAAGGCAGUCUGAUCGCAUUACCAAGUAAAAGACUGUUUGCAUGUUUCAUUUGAAAUCCCAUGCCGUUUUAUGUUAUAACAAAGAGCAAAACACCCAGAAGACGAUGAUAAAAAUCUUGUCUAGUUAUUUUCAUACAGUUGCUGUUGUUUUAUUUUUCACCGAUAAGUUUUAAUACUGGCUUGGCUUCUAAAUGGUCCACUAGCAUUGCAUUUUUAGCUUUUCGUAUUUGAAGGUUGAAAAAUGUAGCUCCUGCUCCUCUACGUAAAACCUUUUCUAGUGACAUGUUUGGAUACCGCAAGGCUACCUAAUUGGCUAUAGUCAGUUCCCAUUUUUCUUACCACUAUAAAUUUAUUAACAGAAGUUGAUCCCUGCGCCACCAACCCUUGUUCUAACGGUGGAACCUGCCAAAAUCUGGUCAAUGGGGGCUUUUUAUGCACCUGCCUUUCUGAAUGGACUGGAAGUCGAUGUGACAUCCGUAAGUAUCUUGUUUUUGAUCUUUCGGGAUACUAAAAUGUACUUUGUUUCAGUUCGUAAAUUUUCAGUCAAAAAGUAGAGUGUGUGGUUCAUCGAACGCUUUAGGAACCCCCUAUAAGCCUACCAGGAACGCGUGACGAAGUUCUAAGAACGUCUGCGUGGGAGCGAGUAACUCCACUUUAGCCUAAAUUUCUCUGAGGUAAAGUUUUUCGUGGUUUGAAAUUUCAAUUCUGGAUUAGCACUCAUCAGCCUUUUAGAAUUCAGUCCCUUAAGCUAAAAAUGCCUCCCGUUCAAGAGAAGCCUUUGUCAUAUCGGUAAUAAGACACUGGUUAAUCUCUCCAUUAAUAAGCGGCAAAACAAAUUCACCGUUAAUACCCUCGAAACUUUCCUUGUAAAAACACUUUUUGUUGUUACCCACCUCUAUUAUAUUUGUUCUUCAAUAAACUCAGCCUCAUCCAGUAUCCACGAAAGUAAGGUGAAAAGGUGCAAAGGACCUCAGAAAUUUCACUGGAUAUACGCUUAAAUUAAAUAAACAUUUUUGCAUAGAGCGGAAUUGGUCACCAUGAAGGAAGUGUUCCCGAUAGAUGCAAUUUUUGACAGGCCAAAGCGUAGCUAUCUAAGCAGUGUCUUUUAGUUCACUACCUGACGGGCCUUCCCAACAAGGAUCGCCAAGUCACCGGCCAGGAGAAUGUGGCGUAGAAGGCUACUCAAAUAUAAAGUACAUCCUCUCAAACGUAAAACGCUAAAUUUCCAUCACCAUAGAUCGGCGAAAGAGCAUUCGACUGAAAAAAAGGCGUUUCUGAAUCGAACAGGCAUAUUCUUGGGCAGAAGCCUCGAUGUCACCCCCCGCCCCCCCCUUGGAAGUCCUUGUUGGGGUCGAUCCUUGUUGGGGUCGAUCCGGCUUAUCUGUCCCAGACGUCUUUGUACGACCUCCGCCAGUUAGGUCGUUCUUAGGCGCGAGAUCAUUAGCGGGUUCUUUAUGGUUUAUAACCUUUUGAUAAUUUUAUUAUUUUGUGCGCUUUCAGAAGUUACACCUUGCACUCUCCCACCUCAUCCUUGUAAUAACAAUGGAAACUGUAUUGCAAUAGUAGCAAAUGAAACCACGAGAUGCGAGUGCUUCAAAGGCUGGCGAGGAGACAACUGUUCAUCCGGUAAAUCUAACAUGAAGAGUACCCAUAUUUGGUAACUUCCAAAAAUAGAGCUGGGGGGGAGGGGCUUUAAAUCACACCGGUCAGAGAUGGUUGGUUCAAAAAGAAGGUGAAAAUUACAAAGCAUUUAACUCGAUCUAAAGGUCGGACAGCACUUUUUCCCAAGUCCCUCUAUCGAUUUGGGCAAAUUAAACGUCCCAGUAAAGCGGACUAGGAAGCACUGCGAUUUUUAUUUCGCCAAAGAAAGUUUCAGUAUUGAUAGCUGGGAGGAAGUGCAAAGUGAACCAUAUUUGGGGUUGCACUACUUUUUGCGGAUAAAUUUUAUUUGACGGUUUGUGGCCCGUUUACGUUUCGACAGAAAUACCCCGAAAUUCUGGCAUAACAUAAAAAAAUAAAAUAUAAUAAAAUAUAAAGUACAAUAAAAUAAAACGGUUAAUAUGUUUUUAUAUGCUCGUUGUUCAUUAAUGCCCCACAAGUUUGCUCAAAUAUUCUAUUUAAUUUUUUUUGCUCUAGAUAUAGACGAGUGUUUGGAUUCUCCUUGUUUAAAUGGUGGUAACUGCGCAAACACAGCUGGAGGAUAUGACUGUCAGUGCCCUUUGGCUUUCACUGGUGACAAUUGUGAAGUUCGUAAGUAGCAUAAUGACACUGGGUAUAAAGCAUCUCAAGAAUUUAAGAAAAUGCAACAAAAAGAUGACUGUAAAUACGAUGACUGUGACAAGUUAGGUGUCUAAGAAUCCUGUAGUCGUCUGUUUUGUAUGGGUGCAAAGGGAGACGUUCAUUUCUAGUAUAGGUUUAAGGCUGCUGAUUUUGCCAAUGCAAAAUUAUCACUAUGCCAUCUCCUGAGAUAAAGAAGAUAGAACUACUCUGAGGAGCAGUAAAUUAAUGCGAAAUAUUUAAAAAGUACGUUGGUCACCCAUUUUCUGAGCUCGCAUAGGCAUUCUUCAAACAUGAUGUGUCGUUUCGUUUUAAUUAUCUCGCUAUGUUUGUUACAUCAAUUUAAACGAUUUUUAACCUUUUUUUGUAUUCUUAGAUUGUGAUCACCAAGUAAUGAACCUUGGUUUCUUGGUUGAUGGAUCAGCGGCGGUAGAGCUCUCAGGAAAAGGCAAUUUCAACAAGUCUCUUGUGUUCGUUUCCAAGCUAAUCGGAUCCUUUGACGUUUCCAAAAAUGCUACAAGACCUGGACUUGUAGUAUUUUCUGAAGAUCCUCAUCUUGUAUUCAACUUUUCUCUUUACGAGACCCUCUCAGAUGUCAUGGCUUCCACUCAAAUGGCUUCCUUUCCAGGGCGUGGGAGAAAAACUGGAAAAGCCUUACAUUUUGUUCGUCGCAAUUUGUUCGGAGAAUCGGCGAUUAGAAAUAAGUCAAUUAAGAAUAACUACCUUAUCUUCCUUUCAAAUGGUGCAUCUUACGACUUCGUUAAAACGCCUGCGAGGUUACUUCGGGAACAGAACGUCACGAUUUUCAGCAUUGGGAUUGGUAAUAACAAUGAUGUAGAUCAGCUGAUAGAAAUCGCCGGGGACAAUAGAACCCGUCUGUAUCAGACGAACUACAGGGAAUUGGACGGGCUUCAUAAGAAGCUGAAACAGGAAAUAUGCCGCUGUGAGUCUUAUAACGAUUUUCGAUCUACUUUACCUCUGACUACAUUUCACCUCAGGAAAGACAAGGUCAUUACCUUAACAUGGAUGGCCAAUAGCAGCUUUAAGACCCCAUCAAAAGUGCCGAUUCCUGAGCUGUUCUAAACUGAACGCACUUGACAAAAAAGGCUAAACGUAAUUGUGGUCAUCCCCGCCUCUUCUAUGUUUAAGUUGUUUUAAUUAAGCUGUCAAUUUGCUUUGUUACGUUCCAAAAACAGGUUGGUCAGAUAUGAUCAAAAGUAACGUUAAUCUUUGUACUUUAGAUUACAGGCCAUUAUAAAGUUCAUCAAAGAAGCAAAAAUGGCUACUAAAAACAACGUGCACCUAUUGAUCAUUUUUAUUUCUUCUUCGCAGUACAAGAAAUAAACGUCUGUGCGUCUGCUCCUUGCUUGAAUGGCGGAACGUGUAUCAACACAGGGGCAGAUUUCAGAUGCAUGUGCACCCGUGGUUUUUAUGGCAACCAGUGUCAGCUUGGUGAGAGUGUAUCGACAAUUUGUGAUUAAUGACUAAGAAAUGUUCAGAAAUUCUGGAAUAACAGUCUUAAAACAAGCCCUAAAGCUCUUAAUAAUAGGAAACGUAAUCAAACACCACAAAGUAUACGUCUUGCAUUGUAAGCCCUGUAAUAACCAUGAAUGAAAUGGUGAGAUCAUUAAAUUAACAGUCCCAGUCCCAGGAAACAGACUAAGCAUGCAGCAUGAUUGUUAGUGGAGUUUGGUCAGUAACAAAUGAUAGAAUCAUUUAGGGAUUAGCUCUCUCUAGGAAUUUUUUGUGGCCAACGCUUUAUUAAGAAUGAAGAGAUUUUCUUGCACUUAUCAUGCAUUGCCCUGAACAGGUGGUUGAAGGGGAAAUCAUUUUCUCAUUCAAAAUUCCUUAUUUUGUAAAAUAUUCUUCGUAGGAUGCGUCUUUGGUGAGCUUGGCAUCAAAACCCCCAAUGAACGCCGCGUUCCGGACAGAUACAUGACGUCAUCUUCUGAGAGAGAUUCAAGUCAUGCAGCGCACCGCGCGAGAAUUGGAAUCGAAGCUAUUGGUACUUGGGAAGACGGCUGGUGUUCUUCAGCAAGUGAUCCAAACCCUUAUAUUCAGGUGUUUUUCGGUACGUUCCGUCAGAAGAUAAAUACUAUUAAUUUCUUAGCAUUUCUUACCUUGGGAACUGAUAUUUAUAGGAGAGCACAAAUUUUUUAAGCUAUACAUUUCAGGCUGGGCUUGAUUUGGUUUAUUCCGGAUGGCCCAUGAUUCUUAGCACAAUAAUAGUUCUUUUUUAAUCUUGCGAAAGUGUUUUGCCAGGCUGAAGUUAACGAAGAUUUUUGAGACACAAAGGUAGCAAAAAUUCGCAGUUAAAGACAUUUUUGUAGAGUUUCUUUCCUCUUAGGUAGGUCGUAAACGCAUACACGACCUUCUGGAACGUGUUAUUGUAAAUUAACCAUCCGCCCACCCGUCUCUAAACUGUAGUAAGAAAUUACAUAGAUAAAGACUCCGAGUGAAAACGUAGAGUCAUUUACCACGUGUCAAUUCAAGUUGAAAUUCUCGUCAUGCAUCUAGCUUUUCUGACCUUCCUUACUUUUAAAAUGCGUUUUUCCAUGGCUAAUAAAUUUACUUUGCAGAAUAUCUUGUAAACAUUACUGAGAUUGAAACCGAAGGUGUUGAGGAUGGGACAACAAACUUAUGGGUUGAAAGUUACUAUUUGUCCUUAAGUAACAGUUCAACAGCGACGAGUUUCGUUAAUUACACGGAAAGAGGAGAAACAAGAAUUGUAAGUAUGGCCUAUGUGAUCUAACUUUCCAGAGUCUUUGUUUCAUCUUCGUUUUGUUAUGUCAUUGUUAUUUCAAUUGCCACUGUCCUUUUUCAUGCCAUCGUCAUGCCAUCGUCAUUCCCAUAGUCUCCACCAUUGUAUGUAAUUAACUGUCGAGAACAAACCAAAAAACCCGCCCUAUGGUGGGUCCGUCUGGAGCUUGAAGCCAUGCACACUGGUGACAGGUGAGAGCCCUCCCUAAUGCCGCGAAAAGUGCUAAUUAAAAACUAAGUGUUGCUAUUCCAAGCCAGUGAUUGCUUGUCAUUUUCUACUGAUUUAUCCAUUGUCAUGAACGUUGCCAAUAGUACUAGUUCGAUGCCAUUUGGGAGCACUGGAAUACAAUGCUGUGUAACAACCUAAUGUAAUAAAGUGUUAGCGUUGGACAACAACCUACAUAAAUCUCUUAUAUUUUCAGUUCAAAGCCAACACAAACAUAUCAGCAGUUAAUGUUUCGCUGCACGGUACAAACGCCCAUUACAUUCGGAUUCACCCAAUCAACCAUACUGGUUCAUUUCCCUGCUUGCGUCUAGCUUUGUACGGGUGUGACACUGAAGGUAAACUUCUCUUAACUGUUAUUAUUAUUAUUAUUAUUAUUAUCAUUAUGAUGAUGAUGAUGAUGAUGAUGAUGAUCCCCACCCCCACCCCUUUGAGUAUUGCCCGUAUUUUUUGAAAACGCCUCAUUUUUAGACAGAUCAACCCCUUCUUUUCAGUAGCUGCUCCUACACUUUUUUGGUCAAACAAAUUUUAAAAACGUUUCAGGCAUAGUUUUCCUCGGUCAAAAUAACUGCAUUUCCAACGAAAAGAUCAAGCGUCCAAAAUGGCUUGGUUACGACAGGCAGAUUUUUGCAGGAGAACAAUUAGUUUUUAUUACUGUUGUACUAAUGUACUCUGGCGUUUUAAUGAAAUGCUUUAUUUAUUAACUCAACUCAUGGAAAAAAUGCAAUACCAGAGAAAACAUUUCACUGUAUAAUUUCGUAUUCUUUCAUUUGGUAGGACAUGUCAAAAACUAGGCUGAUGAAGCACUCGCCCUCGUUUUUGACAUAUUACUUGAAAAUGUGGUAAUUGAUGUUCUCUUCCCAUCUAAUCCACUUUCGAGGGGAAAGCAGCAGGAAGUCACAUUUAUGCUUAAGAUAAGCUACAAUUACCUUAAUGCAACAAACAUUAAAUCCGUUUACAGACAUUAAAAUCUUAUUCAGAAUAUCUCUCUAUUCUGCUACUUUCAGAGGAUUUCCUCAGUUUCACAAGUUCGUUAUUGGAAAGAGUAGCCAAUUCUCCACUGUCCAGUGAACCUCUGUCUGACACUCGCUUGGCAGGUGAGUCUAAUCUGCUUAUUUUAAUUAACAUGAAAAUGGGCAAUAUUGGUGAUUAACGUAAUUUAUGCUACACCGGAACGAGGCUUUUUACAUUAUAUAUGAAGAUUAGGUAUUCUAGACGACGUUUUACGUAAGGAAUGAAACUUUACUGACUUUAAGAAGUGGUAUGUGCUAGAAACGGCAGUUUCUGAUUUUGCCUUAAUACAGUGGAACCCCGAUAUAACGAUAUGCCGAGGGAGCAGUGGAAUUAGAUCGUUAUAUCGAGGUAUCGUUAUAUCGAGACUCCCGAUAUAACGAUAUUGCCGUAAAAUAACCGAAAAUAUCAUUAGAUCGGGGCAAAAUUAACGUGUCCUUUUUUUACUACUAUUGUUUAAUUAAACUUGUAAUGAGUAUCAAAUGACUAACAAAUGUAGCGUUUCAAGCACGCAGCAAUGUCCUUAAACAAUUUGCAAAGCAUUAUACUCAUGCUGUUACCAUAAAACGAAUGGAGGGCAAAAGAAAGCGCAAGCAACUCAUCGUCGGCCACGUGCCACUGAGACUUUCACGAAUCUUUCAUUUAUUUUUGAAACAUGGAGGGCAGAUUUCCGUUCAAGUUACAGGAAAACACAGGAACAAAGGCAUCGGCCUUGAAAUCCCGGCGACGUAUACUUUUUGUCACAGGAAGGAGUCAAAAAUACUAGAACUGAAAGAGGCAUCGUAAACUGAAAGCUGUUGACAGAAACGUUACAGAUUACUGUACUCGAUUAUUAAAUUGCAUCUGUGUACUGAUACUGUAAUAUCGUUAUGUCGGGGAAGAUUUUACGCUCGGUGCGCUAAAAACUCAUCGUUAUAUCGGGAAUAUCGUUAUAUCGAAGAUCGUUAUAUCGGGGUUCUUUCCCAUACAUUUAACUGUAACUUUUGCCGGGACAUAGCAUAUCUAUCGUUAUACCGGGGAUAUCGUUAUAUCGAAGAUCGUUGUAUCGGGGUUCCACUGUAACUCGGCAUAGUAAAUCGAACUCAAUCGAACUCAAUCCGUGGAUUGAGUUCGAUUGAGUUCGGCAAUCGAACGAAAUCGAACACCACAGUUUCAGUGAGUUCGAUUUCCGAACAAAUCGAAUUCAAUCGAACAAAUCGAACUCAAUCGAACUCUAUCCGUCUGAUUGUGUUCGAUUGAGUUCGGAAACCGAACUCAAUCGAACACAAUUAAAUGGAUUUCGUUCGAUUGGCUCUGGUGAACCUAUACAAAUCAAGCCCAAAGCAAGACCGUCAAAGCAAGUUUUUCUUGCGCUUUUUUUUACUAUUUAUUCAAUAACACACAUUUAUAUAUAUUCGCGAAUCCCUUACAAACAUCUUCACUUACCAAGUUAUCGAAGCAUUUACAGGCCACAGGGAAGCAACCAGUUCACGUUGAAGGUGACCUAUAAAUUGUCCGCGCUCGUUUACAAUUCGGAAGGCACGGCCUUUCUCGCCUAUUUUCUUUAAAACCCGGAAAACCCUUGUCAAAGCGGCAUUCCUGGUAGCCUUUGACUAUACAUUUGAAGCUUACGAUCCACAACGCAUCUGAAGCCAUUUCUGCGGAAUUUCUUCGUUUACGAAAAACACGUGCGCUACACUCAGGGCUGAAGUAACUCGAGCUUCUAAGAUCUGGUAGUGGAUUUUCAACGUCUGUUUUACAUAAAUCACGAGUUGCAAAAUCGAACGUUCGAUUGGGUUCGAUUGAUUUUUUUUCUUUUCGGUGAGUUCGAUUUCGUUCGAUUGAGUUCGAUUGAGCUCGAUUGAAAUUUAGUUGGAUUGGGUUCGAUUUACUAUGCCGGGCACUGUAACUACUGAAAGAUGGGAGGUAUAGAAAGUUUCUACGUAUAAAUGAUUUGUUAGUUUUAAAUCCAUUGAAUGUUUUUUCUUUAAAUUUUAUUUUAGUUGUUCCAGUGGCUCUUCUCUUAGCUCUUUUGUUGGGAUCUUUGUUCUUUCUGUUACCCAUGUCGUAAGUAUCAGAAUUCAUAAAUACGAAACCGGUCAUUUCGAUACAAAGUCCUUUCGAUAGAAGUCGUUUCGAUACAACGUCGUUUCGAGACGAACUCAAGCAGUGAAAUUGCAUAAAAAUUAAUUUCAUUCCGAAUAUAGUAUGCGCGUGGACAAGAAAAGCAUUUGGGUGAAUAUUCUUUAGUUCGUUCUUCAGGUCAAGUACGUGGAACUGUUUACAAUUCGGCUGAAUAAACUUGAAUCGAAACGAGUUGCAACGAAACGACCGGUAACCCAUAAAUAUAUCAGCUAGUUUCUUGUUUUAAACCUAACACAUGUUUUGUCAUAAAUGUGUUUCGUUUUCUUGCAAUAAGUUUGUUUUUCACCGAGUUGGUUUUAACUUUACAGUGUAAAGCUUAUCUUUGCAACUUCGUGGUAUUAAACUAUAAAUGAUACAAGCUUCGUAUUUAUCUAUUUGUUUAUUUAUUCACUGUCAAACUAGCGGAUUUGAUUUAUGACGUAGUUGCACGUCAUCUGACGUCAUAACAUUGGAAUUACUUUGAAAAAUACUUCAAAUUCUCGGAGAGGGGAAAGGACUAAACUAUUCCUUUUCGAAUAUUGUGAAAAUUGUUUUGCUCGACCAAGGGUGGCAAAAUGUUUAACUAAAACAUUAUUCAGUACAAAUAUGUAAAUGACUUUUCUUAAGGAAAGUACCAAGCUUUCUGAGAAAAAUCCACUUUUCCGUAUAAAACAACCAAAUCUGUCUGUUUAACGUAAAAUCAGGUGAAAAAGUGGGUAAAAGGGACUUUUUUAGGUUUUUUGAUUAAGCAAAGUACCAAGCUUUUUGAGAAAAAUCCAGUUUUCGGCAUAAAACAACCAAAUCUGUCUAUUUAAUGUAAAAUCGGGUGAAAAAGUCGGUAAAGGCGAUUUUUAGGUUUUUUUGAUUAAUGUUUGCACGACUUUAUAAAUCUACAAUCCUCGUCACGUUGAGUUGGGACACCGCUUGCAACACUCUCAUAUUCCAUCAAAAAGUUGUGCUCCUUCCCUCCAAAUGUUGAAUUUCGGGCUUCUGUGAUACCAACUCCCCAAAAACAACAUUGGGAGAGCAGAAAAUAUCACAACUGUCCCAACUAAUGUGACGAGUGUUGUAGGUUUUAGCAGAAUAACGUAAGGAGCCAUCAUGGCCGCUGAUGAUUUGAUAAAAAGACUUUGCAAACAGACAGUGAUUUCUACAAAAAAUUAACGGCGCGAGUUUUUUAAUGUCAGGUCACCAUCUCCUCUUGGUCAGCCGCCCAGAAGUACUACAGUUCGAAUAAACAGCGAUGACCCACCUCCUAAUGGUGUGGUCCCAAUGGUCCCAAUGUUUGAAGUUCAGUCGCUGACAAUGCAGCUCGGACCCGAAAAUAAGGACUUCCACGUAGAAGGAGUAAACACAACAUCGAGCGAUGCCAUUUUUGCAUCUGAUAAUAAGGUAUGGCUUCUCCAUAAUGGUCUUUUCAGUCGCAUGUGCUGAACGUCGAUCUCUUAGCCUGGCUGUAUAUAAUCGUCUGGAUUUUUUGGACAACUGACAUGAUCGGGACGGUCUGGGAAACCAACAUAUGUAUUUAUAGACUUCCGCUGUUUCCAAGCGAUUGUCAUCGUCGCAGAGACCCCUUUUUCUUAUGACGUCCUGUCCGCCAUCUUGGUGUCCCAAAACGAUGAAACGGCAGCAACGUUGGCGUCCCAAACCAUUCUUGAGAGAGUUGAAUUCUUUGCGUAUGUAUGCAUAACUGCUAGCUACGUGCGUGAAAACGCUCUAUAACCGUCCCGAUAGUCCCACAUCGUAUUGCAGAAGUUCCAGUUCGCCUGAACAUAUUUCGAGAUUAUCAGAUUAUCAUAAAACAAUCGGGACAAUUAUAAGAAAGCCUCAUGGCGUAAUGAACGCUUGAAAACAAAACGGAUAUUAUAGGCCGUAGGCCUUGAAUAGGACAUGACCCACUGACCUGAAUGUUGUUUUCACUUACAGGCUUUUCAAAAGUAAUUUUCUCCAUGCCUUCGUACAACCCUGUCAGAUUAUAGCUAUUCAUCGCGCUAAUCGUGUGAUUUUGAAAUGAGCAUCGCAAGUACUGACGAAGAGAAUAUUUGCAAUAACCCUCACAAACGUCUUCGCGAUUAUUCCAGCUUAUUAAAUUUUUGAACUAACGAAAUAUCGGGGGUUGUUUUGCUGACCAAGCGUGUAUUAUAGUUAUGUACAAUUUAGGAUUUAUUUAUUUAACUAAUUAUUUAUUCAUUUUUCUUUUUUGCAGAUUUUUAGUUUCGAUCGACAAAUCAGCGUAUCGAGACAGAGCCAGCUAAACUUGAUCGACUAG